AUGAGUUCCAAGAAUAGUGUUGCAUCCAUUGGGCUUCUCCUCUCCCUCAACCUCCUUCUCUUUUGCAUGGUCAACUGCGGCAUCCUUCCCCCUACCCCUACCCCUGAGGCACCAACUAAGUGCCCGCUAUUGGAGGUUUGCGCCAGUAUUUUGGUGCCCCCUUAUAAACCCGACUCUGCUUGUUGCCCCCUCCUCCGUGGUCUUGUUGACCUUGACGCCGCUGCGUGCCUCUGCAACGUUCUCAAGGUCCACGUCGCAUUGACCACCACCACUGUGCAACAUGCACCUGGAGGAAGCAAAAAGAAGAUGAAGCCACCACCACUGUCCACAAUGGACCACCACUAG